GCGCAAUAAAUAUCCAUAUGUUCUUGCUGCCUGCUUCUUGGUAAUAAAGAUAAAAUUUGUUGGUUAGUUUUUUUUUGUAAUAAAAUAAUAAGGAAAAAUAGAUUUUUCCUUGAGAAAUAAACUAUGGCUUUAGUUUCAGCAAGGACAGUUUUAAACCCAAUAACUCGUCAGUCCCUUGGUAUUUCAUCUUUUAAUAGACAAUUCGCCAAUUUUGAUCGUCGAAAUGAAUUAAAAACCAAACUCUUUUUGCCAACAAUUGUUGCUCAAAGAUUUUAUGCAGAAAAAGAGGUUUAUACGAGAAAUAAGCCACAUUGUAAUGUGGGUACAAUUGGUCAUGUUGAUCAUGGCAAAACUACCCUUACAGCGGCUAUAACACAAGUGCUUUCUGAGAAAGCAUUAGCAAAAGCAAAAGCCUAUGGUGAAAUUGACAAUGCACCCGAAGAGAAAGCUCGUGGAAUUACAAUUAAUAUUGCACAUGUUGAAUAUCAAACUGAUAAUCGACAUUAUGGACAUACCGAUUGUCCUGGUCAUGCUGAUUAUAUUAAAAAUAUGAUAACAGGAACAGCGCAAAUGGAUGGUUCUAUAUUAGUUGUUGCCGCAACUGAUGGUGUUAUGCCACAAACACGUGAACAUUUAUUAUUAGCAAAACAAAUUGGUAUCGAGCACAUUGUUGUUUUUAUCAAUAAGGUGGACGCUGCUGAUGAGGAAAUGGUCGAACUUGUAGAAAUGGAAGUACGUGAAUUAUUGACAGAAAUGGGUUUUGAUGGUGAAAAAUGUCAAAUAAUAAAGGGCAGUGCACUUUGUGCAUUGGAGGGUAAAAAUAAAGAAAUUGGUGAAGAAUCAAUUUUAAAAUUACUCGAAGCUGUUGAUAAUUAUAUUCCAACACCAAUGAGAGAAUUGGAUAAACCAUUUUUAAUGCCAGUUGAGGGUGUAUUUUCAAUUCCAGGACGUGGAACAGUUGUUACUGGUCGUCUUGAACGUGGUAUUAUUAAAAAGGGCAAUGAAUGUGAAUUUGUUGGCUAUAAUAAAGCAUUUAAAAGUACAAUUACUGGAAUUGAGAUGUUUCAUAAAAUUCUUGAUGAAGCGCAAGCUGGUGAUCAAUUGGGUGCAUUAAUUCGUGGUUUAAAACGUGAUGAUAUAAGACGUGGUAUGGUUUUAUGUAAACCGGGAACAGUAAAAUCAUGCGAUCAUGUUGAAGCGCAAAUGUAUAUGCUCAGUCCUAAUGAGGGUGGACGAACAAAACCAAUAUCAAAUUAUAUUCAAUUACAAAUGUUCAGUAGAACUUGGGAUUGUGCAGCGCAAGUUAUUAUACCAGGAAGAGCAAUGGCUAUGCCAGGAGAAGAUGCAGGGAUUGAAUUGAAGUUAUAUAGGCAUGUGGUUAUGGAAAAGGGUCAAAGAUUUACAUUGAGAGAUGGUACAAAAACAUUGGGAACUGGUGUUAUAACGAAAGUUCUUCCAAAUUUAACACCGGAAGAUAAAUCACUCGUAAUUGAAGGGAAAAAAGCAAUUGAAGCAAAGGAAAGAAAAAAGGCCCAUGGAAAGUAAAUUGUAUUUAAUAAGACACUAUUUUGUAAAUUAACUUUAAGAAUAGAGUUUAAAAAAAAAAAAUGAUAACUCACAAAGUAAUCAAUUUUCAAUCAUAAUUUACUUUUUUUUUCACUCGAUAUAUAUUAAAUAUUUAACUUCACGUGAUUAUUGUGAGUUGUUCUUUUUAUGUAGGAAUAGACAUUUUUAUUUUAAUUAAAUUUGUUGAAAAAAAAAUUCUUGUAAUUUCAUUAAAUAAAUCAACUUUCUAUGAAAUUCCCUUUUUUUUGUAAUUUAAGGUUCUAAAGAAUUUUUAAAACAAAAUGUAUCAUUCACGUUUUAUUAAAUUCAGACAUCAGAAAUACAAUCCGCUCAAGGUAGUCCAAUCAAACUCUCAUAUUUAUAAAAUCAAAUAAGAUUAAAUCCACAGAUCUAUUCGCAUUGAUUCUAAAUUAUUUUACCAGGGGAAAAAAAAAAUGUAAAUAUUACACUACAGACUUUACACAUUUCGCUCUUAUGAAUACGUCGAUCAAAAGGCAACAUUUUCGCUACUUUGGUUUCCAAAAGACACAAAUUGGUUGUUUUUAUGUAGAAAAAAAGGGGAAAUGUAUAUUUUGGAGACAAAAAAAAAAAAAAAAAAAAAUCAUACAUUCACUUCUGCUUAUAUAAAAAUAGUAAACAGUCCUCGGUAACUUGAAACAGACAUUUAAAUAUAACAAAACUGAAAAAUGUAUCAUCUUUCAGUUAAAAAUUUCUGAAUUAUGAAAAAAAAAAAGAA